CAUUUCCUCUCGGCAACCAGAAGGCCCCUCUCUCUUGUUGCCUUGCUGCCACACGUACGCACACAGCUACACAAAUAAACACACAUGAUCGACAGGGCGCAAACUAGCGUCAAGUCCACGCAACGUUUUUGGAAUUGUCGACAACUCGAACCGCAGCAGCCCAACCCGGAUGCUCCCCGCCGUAGUCACCCCCAUGGACCACCGUCGCUAGUUUGUCGCAGCCCGCUUGGUCGACGCUUUUCUCGGGCUCUGAUGGUACCAGCUGAACAGUGAGCGCUACCUGCCCGAGGACACCUGCCGCCCACUUCCCCUCAUCAUGUCUGGGAUUCACGCGCCGUGGUCGACGGGCACGGAGUGCGUCGCCAAGUACAACUUCCAGACGGCCAACGAGCAGGACCUGCCUUUCUGCAAAGGAGAUGUGCUGACCAUCAUCGGAGUCACCAGGGAUCCGAACUGGUACAAAGCAAGGAACAUCGUGGGCAGAGAGGGAACCAUUCCAGCAAACUAUGUCCAGAAGAGGGAAGGAGUCAAAUCAGGAGGGAAACUCAGUCUUAUGCCUUGGUUCCACGGGAAGAUCACUCGCGAGCAGGCCGAGCGGCUGCUCUACCCUCCUGAGACGGGCCUAUUUCUGGUCCGCGAGAGCACCAACUACCCGGGCGACUACACGCUCUGCGUCAGCUGCGACGGCAAGGUGGAGCACUACCGCAUCAUUUACCACAACGGCAAGCUCACCAUCGACGAGGAGGAGUAUUUCGACAACCUCAUGCAGCUGGUGGAGCACUACACCAAAGACGCCGACGGCCUGUGCACCAGCCUCAUCAAGCCCAAGUUGAUGGAGGGCACUGUGGCGGCGCAGGACGAGUUCUCUCGGAGCGGCUGGGCCCUGAACAGGAAGGAGCUGAAACUCCAACAGACCAUCGGCAAAGGAGAGUUUGGAGAUGUGAUGGUGGGCGACUAUAGAGGGACCAAAGUGGCGGUGAAGUGUAUCAAAAACGACGCCACGGCGCAGGCUUUCAUCGCCGAGGCCUCCGUCAUGACUCAACUGAGACACAACAACCUGGUGCAGUUGCUGGGAGUCAUCGUGGAGGAGAGGGGAAGUCUCUACAUCGUCACAGAGUACAUGGCCAAGGGCAGCCUGGUCGACUACCUGCGCUCCAGAGGGCGGACUGUGCUCGGUGGUGACUGCUUAUUGAAGUUCUCACUUGAUGUGUGCGAGGCCAUGGAGUACCUGGAAGCCAACAACUUUGUCCACAGAGACCUGGCGGCCCGCAACGUGCUGGUGUCGGACGACAACAUCGCCAAGGUCAGCGACUUUGGCCUGACCAAGGAGGCCUCCUCCAUUCAGGACACCGCCAAGCUCCCUGUCAAAUGGACCUCCCCUGAGGCUUUGAGGGAGAAGAGGUUUUCCACCAAGUCAGAUGUCUGGAGUUAUGGAAUCCUCCUCUGGGAGAUCUACUCCUUCGGCCGUGUGCCUUACCCUCGUAUUCCACUGAAAGAGGUUGUGCCCCGUGUGGAGAAGGGUUACAAGAUGGACGCCCCCGAUGGCUGCCCGCCCGUGGUGUACGACCUCAUGAAGCAGUGCUGGACCCUCGACGCGACGGUGCGGCCGUCCUUCCGCAUGCUGAGGGAGAAGCUGCAGCAUAUCCGCGCCAAGGAGCUCUACUUGUGAAGCGGCGGGCGGGCAGGAGGGUGCUGAUGAUAGGGGUGAGGAGUUUGAUAGGGGGGGUGGGAUUACAAACCAAGGGACCACAGCAAGCUUUCCUCCCGCCGUCCCUGGAUGCCCGCCAGCUUACCUUAAAGGACCCACUUCUGUUGGUGUUGUAAAGCUUUUGCCCAGUUCACCGCUUUUUUUUUUUUUCGCUCCUCCUCUUCCUCUCCACCUCUGUUGAACACGGCAUUAAGUGGAGGGGAGGCUGGCCUUUUCCUCCACCUUUGUCAGGUGCUUGCUCUUCCACACUCCCCCUUUCCCAUCUCUUGCCCACCCCCACCCCCUGCAUGUCCCACUGCCGCCUCAAGUCUCUCGCCCUCCUCCCUCUGCUGGCCGUGGUGUCAGGUGUGGGGCCUUCGCUCUGUACCAAAGUGCCUCCAGUCCUCCAGAGCUCCACAAACGCACCGCCGCUGUCUUUUUUUUUUUUUGAAUUGCUAUCUUUUUUCAGGGAGGUUAUCAAACCAGUUUUCUAGUGCCGUAUUUCUUUCUCCCAUUUUUUUUUUUCUUCCAAUGUCAACAUUUUUCUGGGGUCCAAGAGCCAAGAUGGGCGGAAAUGGAGGAGGGGGCAGAACGAGGACAUGGAGCUGCCUCUGAAUGGUUCAUCAUACGUGGGCUUGUUUUUUUAUAUCAAAUAUAUUUAAAGGAUUUAAAAUAAAAAAACAAACUGACUGGGGCAGAGAAUUUACAAAAAAAAAAGGAAAGGCUGGAGGGGGCGGUUGGGAAUGGUGGUGCAUGGUGUGUGUGUGUGCGUGCUUGCGUGUGUGCAGUUGUGUAUGAGUGAGAGUGUGCAUGUGUGAGAGGCCUUCGGUUCAACUGUCAGUGCUUUCAAUGUUCAUUGUUUUAUUAUGCUAUCAUGAAUAAAUCAUUCCAUCUGAGUAGACCCGUGAAA